UACAAUAUUUGCCAUUCCUCAAGUGAUUACAUCUCGCCGCCCUCACAAAUGUUCUGCCUUUUGAUCUGGCGUAGUGUGCUAAUUAUGCGUAUUGCCAAUUGCUUCCGUUCUGUUAGCUAGUUAGGCGGCUAUAUCUGUACGCAUCGGAGUGAUUUCCGAGAGAUGGAGGACAUCUUCUCUGCUUCGCGUGAAGGCAAUCUUCGAUUUGUGAAGACAUGGCUCGAAAACACUUCGAACGAUUUGAAUCAAGGGUAAGCAGACAGUGUCAACAGUUCUAUUAAAGUGAAAAAGCUGUCAGCUUUGUUUGAGAAAAGAGUGACAAGCAGUUAAGAAGGCGAAUAAUCACUUCGUUUUCGCCAUUUACCCUUACUUCAGUUUCAGCUUCCAGACUUUGCCUUUACGCUACUCCUGGACAACAUGAUCCGUCGACGUACAUUGUACUUUUUGAUCUGUUUAUGUGUUUGGGAUAUAUUUAGUGUUUAAGAGAGAGAACGAUUCAGCUUUGAACGUGUGAGUUCUGUGUGAAUUACAUUUUCUUAUCCUUUAAGUUGUGAAUUUAUCAUCUUAUUUUAAUACAGAGAUGAUCACGGUUUUACUCCCUUGUUAUGGUCAGCAAGAGAAGGCCAAACCGCAGUAUUUGAUCUACUUUUAUCAAGAGGCGCACGGAUCACUGCUUUAAACGAUGGCGGUGAUAAUGGCUUACAUUUGGCGGCCAGCAAAGGCAACAAGGAAAUUAUACAAAGGGUGAGACUGCGUCUUGGUCAUCAAACUUGAAAAUUAUCAGAUUUCUGCGGGCAACACAUGUAAACAUGACCUGUUUAGCGAAGUAAUUUUCGUCCAAGUAACUUAACGCGGUAGUCGUAAAGUAAACAACAGAUCAAAUCAGUGUUUUGUGAUGUAAACUUGGAUGAGGUUAAACAAAUGAGUUGUUCUCUUUGUUGUGCAAAUUGAAUGACACCCUGUUCAAUAGCGGAUAACUCAGCGCAGUAGAUACACGUACACUGUAACACUUUUAAAUUGCAAUUUGAUUUUAACUGAAAUUUAACUGAUGUGCUUAUCUAAUCUGUGAAACUAAGGACAUAAAUGAUAGGGUAUGAAUAUCAGACUUCUAUUAAUAGACCGUUUUAUUAAUAUUAUACAAUUAAUAAUAUACAAUAACUUCUGUCUGAGUCAGUUUUACCUUUCCAUUUUAUACCCAAGUACCAAGUCAGUGCCUUUGAUUUUUGGAAAACUUAUUCUUCCCCCAAUUGUUUAAAAUUCAGAAUUUAAUUCCCACCCUCUCAAACUCUUUAACCCCAUAAAUCCCAGGUUCUGAUUGCCAAUUCUCCCCUCAAGCUACUAAACAUUACCUUGUCAAUUAGUUGUGAGAAUUUGUUGUCAGAUCAAGAUAAUAACUUCUACUUGAUAAGUCUGAGUAUUCUCAUUACCUGUUUGCUGGAUAAUGUAUGGGUAUUAAAGGGAGAAGUUACAUAUUAAUCACUACUGGAAGUUAACCCUUUGACCCUACAGAGAGACUAGCCCUGUAUUACACAUAGGCACAUGAUUGUUAACCAAAUUCUCCUUGUCAGCACCUUGGGAAGUGUGUAGAGAGCAGUAUAGGGAAAAUGAAUGAUAUUAUCGAGGUAUAAAGUGUUAAAAUUGUUUACUAAUUCCCAUGAUUGUUUACUUUUAUAGCUCUUGAAAAAUAAAUGUCCUGUUAAUGGGGUCAAUAAUCAUGGAAAUACGCCGCUCCAUUAUGCCUGCUUCUGGAAUUCUGAAGAAUGUGCAGAGGUAAGGUAUUGGAAAGCCCAGGGGCAGAUGACGUUUAUCCUAAAAAAUUAAUUUUUGGGCUAGUCCUGAGAAUUUAGCAUUACCUUCAAACAAUUUCCCCUCGUUUAUGCCUUUUUUUUUUUAUUCUUGUUAUUGGCCAAAAUUGUUUAAAGCGCAUUGACAAUAUUGCAAGCAUGCAAUGAUUAACAACCUGGCCACUCCUGAGUACCAAUGGAUGAACAAAUAAAUUGGUUAGGAAAGUUGAAAGUGGACCAGGUUGUUCAUGCCUGUAGCAAUCAAAUUGUGUCAGCUUAGUGAGGUAGAAAAUGUUCUACCCUUGACAUCUUGCCACAUCUUAUGCUAAAAUCUGGCAUAUAAUGCACCCACUGAUUUGAAGCUUCAACAUCCUCCCUCCCGAAUGCCUAUGUAACCCACAGGCAUUUGACUGUUGUCUGUGAUCGGGAGGGAGGGGGGGUGGGUAAUUUUAACCUUGUUUGGGUGGGGCAGAAAUGUUUUCAUGUUUUGUUGGAGGAGUCUAUGAGUAAAGAGUCUGCUUUCAUGAGUAAAUGGCUCAGAAAAGACAACUUUCACAAUGUGGAAUAAUGCUUACUUGCAAAAACCCAAUAGUGGCAGCAAUAAUUGAUAUGUGACUUUGCCAGAUGAUUUUGUUUUCAUUGAUCACACAAAGAAUGGUUUAACCCUUCAACUCCCAGCUCAAAUUUGUAAUUCUUCUUACCGCCAACCAUACAAUUCUUGUAAUGUUAGUUCAGAAAAUUUAGUAUUGGAUCAACUAAUUAUCCCCAAAUUGAUAUUUUUCUUUAUUCUCAUCACUUAUCUGGUCGAUAUUGUAUUGAUAUUGUGAGGAGAAAUUCUGUCUUGGUCACUCAUGGGAGUUAAAGGGUUAAUAUUGGGUGGGUAUUUGAAUGCAAUUUUGGCCUCAGAGGCAGGGGUUCAAAUGAGCCAAUCUUCAAAGGUGCAAAUGCCAAACGCAGGGGGUUACUUGGGGUGGGGAUGUUGAAACUCUGAAUUGAUUUACACAUAAUUUUGUUGUUACCAAGAAUUACUAAAGCAUUGUCUAUACUUAGACCCUCUUAAGAUUUUGCAGCCAUUUAUAUACCUAAUGGUAAUUGCAGUGGCUGUAAGAUCAAAUCUACUUCCACCAAAAGAAAUGAGAUUGAUUUGGGCAUAUUCAAGAGACCACGCACGCUCAUCAUACUGGGGUAGUUUUUGGCAGUGUUGCCUAGGUUGUCACCAAGCAUCAGCUGCAGGCAAAAUUAGCCAGAUUGCUGGCUAGGGAACAAAAUUUCAUCACCAGGCUGGGUCUCUAGCUCAGCCAUCUUUGAGGCACAUCACUUGAAAUUUCAGCCAGCAGCUUAAUUUCAUAGCUACAAACCUGCUAUCCUAGGAGAUGUAAAGCGAUUGUCUCUACAUUUAUGUUUUCUUUCAUAGGAGUUAGUCAAGAGAGGUGCUUUGGUAUCACAGUGCAAUAAAUACGGGGAGACCCCACUUGAUAAAUGUAAACCUUUCCUGGCAGAAAUUUUAAGAGGUGAGAUGGUUAAUGUUCAAAUAUUGUUUUAAGUGGUGAUUGAAGGUUACCAACCAAACCAGAUUCCUCUGUUUUUAUUAAACAACAAUCAACUGUUUCCCUUGCUCCUCAGACUUGGCAGCACAACUUGGACAAGAUCUCAAAAGAAUUCCUUACAAAGGUGACUUUUCUAAAAGUAUUAUUCCUACAAACACAAUUUAAGAUUCUCUCAAGCUAGACUUUGCAUGAUAGUUAGGUGUGCAAAUUCUUCCAUAAACAUCUGGAAUUGGAAAGUGCUUGAUACAUGUCUCACUAUAGUCAUUUGGUCAUCUUACAGAUAGCCGUUCAAAGCAUGGAAAAAAAGAUGGUGAGACAGAAAGAUGUUUUCUGCAGUUUGACAUGAACUUGACAUUGAUAAAGAUUACCUAAUCCAGUUGAGGUGUACUGGUUUUGACUUGCACACCAUAUACAUUUGAUUUCCUUACAUUUACCGCAAUUUACAGUAAUUUGUGUUUUUAAUUGGUUCAAUUUACAGAUUUACGGGACAUUAAGUCCAGACUUUCCUGGAUUCAACCCAAGGAAAUUGAUUUGGCAACAAAAUUAAGCAAAACAGUGACUGGCGAGGUAUUUACACAGUAUUUAGUUAGAUCAAUAAAACUAUUUUAAGUAUUGCUUCAAUAUGUAGACUCUCUGUUUUGAAUUUUAUCUUUAGGCUGUAAACACCAGCUAGAUUUGAAGCUAUGAAAUUUUUAGGUGUUUGAUUUGUCAUAAAGGUCGCAAAGUCACAGGCAAAUCAGGGGAAAAUUGACAAAUUUUAAAAAUCUCAGGAGAACAAACUUUGUGAUCAUAAAUUCCAGUCAAUGGUUCCUGUUUAUCUGUUUUGUAUUCAUCAAAUGUGAUGUCUUGACCUUUUUACCACCUGACUGCUUCAUAUGUAAUAGAUAAAAUCAAUUACUUACUAGAUCUCUGGGCCCAUUUGUUUAAAGGCUGAUUAGCACCAACCCAGGGUUAAAAUUUAAAUCCAGGAUUCUUUAUUUUUAUAUUCAAAAACCUUUUGGGAAAAAUUUUCCCUCUUCUUUUCAGAACAUUCAAUGAUCAAAUUGUAAGCAAAAAGAUUUGAAGUGUUUUCUUUUGAGCUUUCAGAACUGAAAUGAUGUCGAGCUGUAUGAAAAUUUCACACUUGUCUUGGGUUAUCUUAACCCAGCUUGGAACAACCCAGCCCUGUAAAAUGUACAUGUAACUUAUUGCAGUUGUAAUGUUGGCUUAUUAUUUUUUCAGGUAUGGAAAGGGAAGUGGAAUGAUCUCAAUGUUAUUGGCAAAAAACUUGCCAUUAGAAUGGUCAACAAAAGAAUAUCAAGAGAUUUCAGUGAGGAAUACUCAAAAUUAAGGUAAAUUAAUUGAAAUAUUUGUAUAAUUAUUUGUUGGGUGUUGUUAAUGGAUUAGAACACAUAGCCAUAGCCCAGGUGAGAGAAGUCCAGAGAAGGACUGUUGUCAGCAGUAGUGACAAGAGAUUUUGACAACCAGAGCGGAAGUCAUCAACAGAGUCAAGUGAAGAGUUAUUGUCAGUCAGUGUGUUAAGUCUAGUUCACUUAGACAGACUGAUCAGACCAUUAUAUUUAUCAUGGUUCAAUUAAAAUUUUCUUUUGGUUUUCAGAAUAUUUUCCCAUCCAAAUGUCCUACCAGUAAUUGGUGCAGUGAAUGACUCCAAGGACCUGAUAGUUCUUUCACAGUAUCUUCCAUUUGGUUCACUUUACAAUGUUUUACAUGAAGGAACAGGUGAGAGAAAAGGCUCCUCUAAAGCUAGUAUAUUCUAGUCAAUAAGACACUACAACACAUUGUGAAGUCAAAUCACAUCUACAGCAAUUUGCUUCAUGGUUCUUGAAUAAUUUCUGUAAAAUAUUCAUCCUUGCUAAAGAUUCUUGUCCCCAUGACAAGUAACACAAUUUCAGUCUGGUUUGAAUUUGUGCACCUAUCAAAAUCAUAAGUUGACUUGUUUUGGAAAAAGCAGAUGCAAAGGUGUUUGUUACAGAGACCUGUGAUGAUCACAGUUGCCUUUUUUGCCUUUUGUAUCUGGGAUUUAAAAAAGAAGAAAUCAUACAUCUUUACAAUGCUCAAGAUUUAAUCUGUUACUAUUCAAACUUGGCAAUGAAUGUUUCAGGAAAAAAAUCCCAACUAGUAAAGCCCCUUCUGCAAUAAAUUAUUUGUAGAUAUUAAGCAAUGCAUUUUCUAAGACAUCAAAUUUGUGAUACCAACAGGAAUUAUUGUGGACCAUGAGCAAGCAAUGAAGUUUGCAUUGGACAUUGCCAAAGGAAUGGAAUAUCUACAUUCUUUGGACCAGCUUAUUCCAAGGCUGUACCUUAAAAGCACACAUGUCAUGGUAUGUAUUAUGUGACUUCCCUUGAAUAGGAUGAGAAUCUAUCACAAUUUUCUGCUCCGGUUCUGAUGAGAUAUUAUAACAUUUUUCUAAAGACAACUCUGUUAAUGUAGUCAUGAUAUGUUUGGAGAUAAUCAUGUUUUUUGUCCAUCUCUAUUCCUCUUGUGAAGUAGAACUUGUAAUCUGCUUUAUUUGUUUUAGAUUGAUGAUGAUCUCACAGCAAGAAUAAGUAUGGCUGAUUACAGAUUUUCCUUCAUGAAUCUUAGCAAGAUUGAAAGUCCAAACUGGAUGGCCCCAGAAGGUAAUAUUUUCAAAUCAGGAAUUAUCUGUGUCACAGAAAUGUUGGAAAGACAUGAAAUUUAGUUCCUACAUCAUUUUCCAGGUCUAGAUAGUCAUGGAGUUUGAAAAUUAGUCAUGGAUUUUUAAAUUAUUGAAAGAGUGCAAACCCUGCUAGGCUUGAAAAGAAGAGAAAUAGUUCAUGUUUAAUUUAGAAAUUGAUGUGGGUAUUGUUAACUAUCAUCACUGUGAUUUUCAGGAGCAGCUGUAGUUAAAAGAUGUUUCAUUUUUCACAGAAUUCUAACUCACUGUGCAUCCUCUAGUAUUACAGAAGAGCCCUGAAGAAGUUGAUCAACGCUCAGCAGACAUGUGGAGUUAUGCCAUGAUCCUUUGGGAGCUAGUUACAAGAGAAGUGCCUUUUGGUCACUUGUCACCCAUGGAAGUUGGCAUGAAGGUGAUCAAUGUUCAAUUACUUUCUUGGACUGUACAUUCAGCAGUUCAGAUCAGAAAGUUCUUUGGUUACUUUACAGCAUUCUCUGGCUAAAUUUAUUUGGCCUGAGCAAGUUUCUAUGUUGAUGUGGAGAUGAAUCUCUUGAUACAUAACCCUAUCUAAAUUAAUUUCCUAGUCAUCAAUAUUUCCUGUGCUGCUAAUUUGUUUAAGAUAAUUAAAUUGUUUAACCUUAUCAAUUGCAGGUUGCACUUGAAGGUUUAAGACCAUCUGUUCCACCUGGUGUAUCUACACAGAUGGCAAAGCUUGUGUCAAUCUGUUGGAAUAAUGAUCCAACCAAGAGACCCCGGUUUGACCAGAUUCUUCCAAUUCUAAACAAGAUGGCCCAAUGAGAUUUAUGCAGCAUAAUCCUAGAAUAGUAGAUUAUAAAAUAGUUAUCACAUAGAAUGAUGUCCCCAUGCAAUUGUGGGUUCUUUUUUGUUGUUGUUAUUUUGUGACAUAUGGAAGAAGCUUUGUGAGCAUCAAAGAGGAACCCAGCAACACAGUAGUCAAUAUUGUGAUAUAAUUAUUUGUUUGUAUGUAGGGUUGUCUGUACAGGUGAACCUCUGAAGUUAGGAUCUGAGUGUAACAAGAGGUGAAUGAUAGCUGUUGUCAAUUCAUCAAUUAUCUUUUCAAUUUUCUAACAAAAGUAUCCAAAUUGUGUGGAAACCUGCCAUACUGCACCUCUUACAAGUCAAUAACAUGUAACUUCUCCAAAAGUAGACUGGCUAUGAGAAGUUGGAGAACAACCCCUCCCCCCCCUUCCACCCCGGGCCCCUUUUAAGGGUGGAUUGUUUGUCACAACAGUUAGAUUUCCGUGACAGGAAAAACUGGUUUGUGUGACAGGAAUUCGAAAUAAGCGUGACCCAACUCCUUUAAACUUAGCAAGAAUUUUAUACAAUAUUUCUAUUGACCUUUAUACUAGACAUAUUUUGUAAAAAUUUACUUUUAUAUCCGUUACGAAUUACGUAAUCUUGACUGUUAUUGUGUACAAAGAUAACUUAAGCAAGUAAACGUAAAUUCAAAUAAUCUCUUUAACGUCCAUACUUUCAAUUCUAAGGUUUCUCUUCGACAAUUUGUUUCUGAAAUCUGUGGUUAACUGAAGUAGUUUCAAGGAAAUGUCAAUUUUUCCCUUGGGCAGUAUAAUAUCUUUUCCCCCCAGAACUAGAAAAUCCUAGCAUUCAAUUCAACCUUGUGUCCAUAACAGGCACACCAGUUAAAUCUAUAUGAAGGAUUGUGAUAGAUCGCACAGGACUACCAACUUACAUGCAAACUCUGAGCAGAUUCGUGAGUAAAGGAAUAGAGACUAAGGCGAGCAGUAGAAUUCAGAAGGUAUAGAAUAUUUAAAUCUGAAUUCUAAACAGCUGAAAAGAAAGUGUGUCUCAAUGGGAAGUGUAGUGCAUUCAGAGUACUCAACUGUUUGGCGACACAGUUAAUCAGUGUGUAAGUUCUCCGUGUGAUAAAAAUAAUCCUAAAAAAGAUAGGCCCAGAAUAAAGAAAACCUUUGAAUUUUGAAUUGCCUGCUGCUUUCGUGUUAAAUCGUUAUAACCACUUCACUGAUGAAUGUAGAGCAGCCAAUAGGGAGAAUUCGCUGUCAUAUCGUUGGAAUGGCAGUCAACCCUUUGCCCUUAGAGUGGCUUUUGCGAACAUCUAAUUUAUCCUUACGAAUCACGCGAACUAAGCGCAAAGCGGAGUCACACUCACCGAGCGCAUGGCCUCCGCUUCUCUAAAAAAACCCGCUAUUAAACAGCACCUGUUUUGCAGGCUACACGAGUUUGAGACAGCUAAACCUUUUUAACAGAGGUGUUGUCCCUCUUGGAGGAAGCAUAUGAUACAGAUUUUGCAAGAAGAUCAGAU